CAGGCACUCUGACACACACUCAAAUCUCUGAGCCAGCCCUCCUUAUAGCCAAGCCUUCCAAAGCUUGUUUCCUUGUACAGAUCAGUACACGGUUUAACGCUGCACGGCUGCGGACAGCGAAACGGGGAAGGAUCAAAGGGAGGGUGGGGGGGAGAGAAGAAAACCUGAAAAAGAAAGAGACGCUCUUUUUAACUUUCCCCCCACUCCUCUGUCUCCACCACCAACCACACUCCAUUCAGAAAGAAGGUUGUGUUCACAUGACAUAAUCGGAGUGAAUGGGUUGCCAUGGUAACUGACACUGGCAGGUCGACCCAAGAAAGCUGGAUGUUGAAUGGAGGAAGAGCUGCGGUGGCAGGCAAACUAAAGUAACGGAGUGUCACGGGAGAGAGGGAGACUGGAGGUCUAGAAUGGAGGACGGGUUUUCCAGCUAUAGCAGUCUGUAUGACACUUCGUCGCUGCUCCAGUUCUGCAAUGAUGACAGUGCUUCGGCUGCCAGCAGCAUGGAGGUCACGGACCGCAUCGCCUCCCUGGAGCAGCGCGUCCAGAUGCAGGAGGAUGAAAUCCAGCUGUUGAAGUCGGCGUUGGCUGAUGUUGUCAGGCGGCUCAACAUUUCUGAGGAGCAGCAGGCCAUGCUGAACAGAAAAGGACCCACCAAAGACCAGACCGCUGUGAAAAAAUCCACUCCUACAGAGAGUGCUAAAUCAGGCAGUACUGACAAGCCAGCCAGACCCCUGAUGCAGGGGUUGCCCUUGAGGCCGACCGUAAACAAUGGCACAGUCCUACCAAAGAAAACCAGCACAUUGCCAUCUCCCUCUGGCACCAGGAAGGACACCUCAUCACCAGCAACCAAGAGUACUGUGAAGAGAACAAGCUCAACAGAGCGCGUUGGGACUCUGGCACGGAGAGAGAGCACUGGGGAGUCCAAAAGCAGCCGUACCCGUGCCGGAUCCACCAGCAGCAACUCCAGCGGAAAGAAGAACAGUGAAAGCAAACCGAAGGAGCCGGUGUUCAGUGCAGGGAUGCGACGGGUGACACACUGCAAAGAGGAAGGGUAUGUGAAAAUGUAUUUGAGAGGGCGUCCCGUUACCAUGUACAUGCCUAAAGACCAAGUGGAAUCCUAUAGCCUGGAAGCAAAAUCGGAUCUGCCGGCCAAGAAGCUCAAACUGGACUGGGUUUAUGGAUACAGGGGUCGAGACUGUCGCUCCAACCUGUAUCUCCUCCCCACUGGUGAGACGGUCUACUUUAUUGCCUCUGUGGUGGUGCUUUACAAUGUGGAGGAGCAGCUCCAGAGACACUACACGGGGCACACCGAUGAUGUCAAGUGCCUAGCAGUCCACCCGGACAAAAUCACAAUAGCAACAGGGCAGGUCGCAGGUACAUCCACUGAUGGCCGACAGCUUCCCCCUCACGUGCGGGUCUGGGACUCUGUGAGUCUCAACACACUGCAUGUCAUUGGGACUGGGUUCUUUGACCGGGCGCUGGCCUGCAUUGCGUUUUCCAAAUCGAAUGGAGGCAGCACCCUGUGUGUGGUGGACGAUUCCAAUGACCAUGUCCUAUCAGUGUGGGAGUGGCAGAGAGAGGAGAGGCUCGCUGAUGUCAAGUGCUCCAAUGAGGCAGUGUUUGCAGCAGAUUUCCAUCCCACUGAUACCAACAUCAUCGUUACCUGUGGAAAAUCUCACCUGUACUUCUGGACUUUAGAAGGAGGCUCCUUGAUCAAGAAGCAAGGAUUGUUCGAGAAACAAGAGAAGCCCAAGUUUGUCUUGUGUGUGACUUUUUCAGAAAAUGGAGACACAAUAACUGGAGACUCUAGUGGCAAUAUCCUGGUCUGGGGAAAAGGUACUAAUCGGAUUACCUAUGCCAUUCAAGGGGCACAUGAAGGAGGCAUCUUUGCACUUUGUAUGUUACGCAAUGGCACUUUAGUGUCAGGUGGUGGAAAAGACCGCAAGCUCAUCUCUUGGGAUGGAAACUACCAGAAGAUACAGGCUGUGGAGAUUCCUGAGCCAUAUGGACCUGUUCGUACAGUGGCCGAAGGCAAAGGGGACUGCGUGCUCAUCGGCACCACCCGAAACUACGUUUUACAAGGCACUUUAUUCGGGGACUUCAUCCCAAUUACCCAGGGCCACACUGACGAGCUGUGGGGCCUAGCAGUGCAUCCUUGGAAACCGAACUUCCUGACCUGUGGACAUGACAAGCACAUCAGCCUCUGGGACUCUGUCACACACCAGCCCAUUUGGAGCAAAACCAUGGAUGAUGCAGCACAAUCAGCGGGUUUCCAUCCAUCUGGAUCUGUUGUUGCUAUAGGAACACAGACUGGCAGGUGGCUCGUUCUGGACACCGAAUCCAAGGACCUGGUGACUGUUCACACUGAUGGAAAUGAGCAGUUGUCUGUUAUGCGCUUUUCACCAGAUGGUAAUUUCUUGGCAAUUGGAUCACAUGACAAUUACAUUUAUAUCUACGGAGUUAACGAGAAUGGCAGGAAAUACAGUCGGGUUGGAAAGUGUUCGGGUCACUCCAGCUUCAUCACACACCUGGACUGGUCAGUUGACUCACAGUACCUAAUGUCAAAUUCAGGGGAUUAUGAAAUUUUGUACUGGAUUCCAUCUGCAUGCAAGCAGGUUGUCAGUGUGGAAACAACAAGAGAUAUAGAGUGGGACACAUGCACUUGUACACUUGGCUUCCAUGUCUUUGGUCUAUGGCCAGAAGGCUCAGAUGGCACAGAUAUCAAUGCUGUCUGCAGAUCACAUCAAAAGAAGCUCCUUGUUACAGGAGAUGAUUUUGGAAAAGUCCAUCUCUUCUCAUAUCCCUGCUCACAAUUCAGAGCUCCAAGUCACAUAUACGGAGGACACAGCAGUCAUGUGACCAAUGUGAACUUCCUGUUUGAUGACAAUUACCUCAUUUCCACUGGAGGAAAGGACAUGAGUAUCAUGCAGUGGCGAGUUGUGUAGGAGUCUCAGGGGGGCAGAGUGCCCACUCUGUGAAGAAAACAGACCAUCCCAGAAGUCUGUACUGCACAUGGAGCUAAAGAGGCAAAUGCAAAGGCACAACACUAGCAACAAUGGCAGAAUGGAUGAGGCGUUGGAAUCAAACCUGAUGUUUUUUUUUUCACAGCUCAGGAAACAACAAAGCAAACAGAUUUUAUUAAAAUUCCCAGACAGUGAUCCUCCUAUUGUAACACUACAGUAUGAUUUCAAACAAGUUUAAUUUCUGGGGUGAAAGAUAACCAGGAUUUUCAUUUUUUUGGCCAAUAAUAUUUUAGGACAAAAGUUAUGCUCACAGACUUGUAUUUCAUGUGUAUUUAUGCCAGCAAAGAUAGAGGUCAUGAGCUAUCCAGUUUAAGUCCUGUAACUGUGUUAUCCUGUACUGCACUAAUGCCUUUUAGAAACUGUAAAUAUAUUUUUUUUAAUGUCACUGAAUGUGGCGAGUACAGCUGGAAGAUCAGUGCAGGUCCAUCUCUUAUUAAAAUACUGCACUGUCAGUCCUGAGACAGUGCUGGCUAUUUUCACCGGAUCGGUUAAUGGUGCCUACUAAACUGCAGGACUCUAUCCUGACCAAUUCAACUGUGUUUUCCUUUCAUCACAUUCUAAUCUCUGCCCCUCUUUAACUUCAAGCCCAUAAUUCACAAAAGAUGAUUUACUAUAAAGUAUUUUAUUUAAAAAAAGUAGCAAAUGAAAUUUGGAAUAAGUGCAUGGCAUCAUCAUUAUAUGUAGCAGAAUAUGUUUUGACUUAAGAAUAUCCAGUGAGUGUGUCUUCAUGGUAACGCUGAGCCCUUAUGACGUUUCCUAUAUAAGGACACCUUUUUCUAUGAAGUCUUACAAAAAUCAAUAAAAAUUGUAUGCAUACAUGUGCACAUUUCUGAAAGGUCAAGCAAUGUACAAUACCUAAACAAGCUAUAUGCAGUCAAACAGUUUACUUUUACAAUGGACUUCGAGAAAACAUUUAGUAGUGAAAGGCUGAAAGCUCCUCUAUUCAUUUUCUUCUUGCAGGUUAUAUCACUGCCAUAUGUGGAACACUGCAACUUACAGUUGAAUACUGUGUCCAUGGACUAUGAAGUAAAUAAAAAGUGCUAAAUGUACACAUCUUAUAUACUGUAGGUCAUUAACUCUGAGAUGCCUUUCUUGUAUAGCAAGCAGAACACAGCCCUUGACCAAGAGAAAACACAUGAUAUAUGUCUUCGUUAUAUUUUGGUUAUCUUUCUCAGAUUUAUCACUAAUGGGUAUUAUAAAUAAAUUACUAUCUUAAACAGGGAUAAUGCUUUCAGCAAACAAGAAACUACAUCCAGAGCUCCACAAAAGCGGCAGGGGAACUGUAUAAAUGAAACUAAUGUUUUUAAUACUACAAGAAGCCAUUUUGUUUUGUCGGCAUUUCAGAACAAAAGACGGCUCUGUUCUUGAUUGAGUUGUACAUACAGUACAUGAACAUUAUUGUUGCACUAUUUACCUACAGUGGUAUAAAAAUAUAACUGUAAUAGCACCUCUUUGAUGUGUGCAAGGUCUGGUCACUGUGUGCAAUGCUCAGUCAGAAGAGGUAGUGUGAUUUUAAAAAGGUUUGAAGUGGAAACAAGAAGAAACACAACCAGUGUUGACUGUCGGGAAACAAAAAAAAAAGAAAUUGCAAUGUAUUGUUUACAAUGGGGAAUGUAUGUAGAAAUGACAUAUGGUUAACAUGGUAGUUUCCAUUUUAUCACUAAUACAACUAUCAUUUGUGUUUGACAGUAAAUAUGUAUUAAACUUAUAAAACAUGUAUGGCUGCAGUACUCAUGAAUCUUAAGACCAUAAAAGCUUCCAUUUCUAAUAGCCAUUCCAGGUUGAAUGCCUAUUAAUAAUAUUUACUUUGUGAAUUUUUAAGUAUCAUCAGGUAAUACAGGUAUUAGGCAAAACUAAAGGAUUUAAAUGUUACCGUCCAAUUACAAAUAUGAGAAACCAAGAGCUUCUGGUGUGUUUUUAUGUGCAAGCCACCUGGUGUUAUUAGUCACGCCGGCACACUCGCGGAAUGAAACAUUUAGUUUAACAGUCAACAUCACAUAAGAGCUCUGGUCUGAAAACGUGUUCAUUACAAAUAUUGCACAAAUUAAACUAUCAAUUACAA